AUGGCGACAGUUGUAGCUGAGCGACAGACAAAGCUAGCGUACUAUUCUCAGCCCCCGAAGAAUACCGGUGACUUGUGUGUCGGAGGGCUGCGCCACACCUUCCUCUAUUCCUAUCUCACCCGUCCCGACUCAAUACGCCACUCAUACCUCGAUCCCUACCUCACCCCUACCGACCCAAUAAGCCACCCCUUCCUCUAUCCCUACCUCACCCAUCCCGACCCAAUACGCCACUCCUUCCUCUAUCCCUACCUCACCCAUCCCGACCCAAUACGCCACUCCUUCCUCUAUUCCUACCUCACCCCACCCGACCCAAUACGCCACUCCUACCUCUAUCCCUACCUCCUCCAACCCGACUCAAUAAGCCUUUCCUCCCUCUAUUCCUACCUCACCCCACCCGACCCAAUAAGCCACUCCUUCCUCUAUCCCUACCUCACCCAUCCCGACCCAAUACGCCACUCCUUCCUCUAUUCCUACCUCACCCCACCCGACCCAAUACGCCACUCCUACCUCUAUCCCUACCUCCUCCAACCCGACUCAAUAAGCCUUUCCUCCCUCUAUUCCUACCUCACCCCACCCGACCCAAUAAGCCACCCCUUCCUCUAUCCCUACCUCACCCCACCCGACCCAAUACGCCACACCUUCCUCUAUCCCUACCUCACCCCACCCGACCCAAUACGCCCCUCCUUCCUCUAUCUCUACCUCACCCCACCCGACCCAAUAAGCCACUCCCCCCUCUAUCCCUACCUCACCCAACCCGACCCAAUACGCCACUCCUUCCUCUAUCCCUACCUCACCCCACCCGACCCAAUACGCCCCUCCUUCCUCUAUCCCUACCUCACCCCACCCGACCCAAUACGCCGCUCCCCCCUCUAUCCCUACCUCACCCAACCCGACCCAAUAUGCCACUCCUUCCUCUAUCCUUACCUCACCCCUCCCGACCCAAUACGCCACUCCCCCCUCUAUCCCUACCUCACCCCGCCCGACCCAAUACGCCACACCUUCCUCUAUCCCUACCUCACCCCACCCGACCCAAUACGCCACUCCUUCCUCUAUUCCUACCUCACCCCACCCGACCCAAUACGCGACUCCUUCCUCUGUCCCUACCUCACCCCUCCCGACCCAAUACGCCACUCAUACCUCUAUCCCUACCUCCUCCAACCCGACCCAAUACGCCACUCCUUCCUCUAUUCCUACCUCACCCCACCCGACCCAAUACGCCACUCCUACCUCUAUCCCUACCUUCUCCAACCCGACUCAAUAAGCCUUUCCUCCCUCUAUUCCUACCUCACCCCUUCCGACCCAAUACGCCACUCCUUCUUCUAUCCCUACCUCCUCUAA